AUGGCACAUCAACAAAAAGGGCUCGAUUAUACUGGCAAGGACAAGGAUCUUCCUUACUGGCUUGAAAACAUUACCAAGGAGAUGAAAGAGACACACAUUCGACACACUAGUACCGAUUCUUCUCCUUCUUUAGAGGAAGCAAAACUCACAUUUGAAAAUACUAAAUCAGAGUUACGAAGAUUAAGUCGCAGGACGUCUUUAGAUACCAGUAUGGAGUUUUUAUUAAAACCUCAGAUACCACCAGUGGCGCACUCAGCUGGCACCUUGCGUCCUAAUAAAGGUUACGUACAAAACGGUAGACGAGUUUACAAUGUGAGAGGCAAAUUGGACCUGGGGGAAUCGUCAAAUGGAUCUUCAAACGAUUUCUUAUCAGAUUUGUUACCGCAUUACGUCACACCGAGACACAGGCGGGUCAACAACGGGAUAGACGAUGAUUUCCGUGACGUCAUCAUAGAAAACAAAAAUCGGAAGAAAAUAGCAGCAAAAGAUGGUUUAACCAAUUUACAGCACAAUAAUUCGUGGACUAAGAGACCUGCUUUGAAAAAUUCUGCAAAGAAACCAUCGUCACUUUGCACGGUUCCUACGAAGAAUACACAGAAAGAGAAAGUUAAGAGUGAAUUUAUAAUACCGGAGUUACCUGAAGGAAGAUUGUUGGAACUGAAAAUAUUUUCAAAUUGGGGAGACAAGUAUUUAGUUGGCUUAAAUGGAAUUGAAAUGUUUGACGCAGAUGGUGUUGUUGUUCAUGUUAAAAAGGUAUGGACAGAUUUAGAUACGGGUGACCAGUCAAAACAUGGACGUGCAGAGAACAUAGUAGAUGGUGUUGUACGCACACGUGACGAACGCCACACGUGGACCGCGCCGUCACCGCGGGGUAAUCCAAUCGCGCUCACUGUACUGUUAGCGGGAGCCGUCAAACUGGCUUUGUUGAGGAUAUGGAAUUACAACAAGUCUCGUAUAUACACAACACGCGGUGUCAAAUUAGUUCAGAUUAAACUGGACGACAAAGUUAUAUUCCACGGAGAGAUUGCGAGAUCCAGCGGCGAGCUUAAAGGUCCUCUGUCCUCCUUCGGUGAUACAAUCCUUUUCACAAAAGAUGCAGCCAUUCUGGAAUCUGUAAUGUUAAGCGACAAGAACUUCCAAGCGUUAUUGAAAGACAACGAACCUAUGCACGAUAACUCGAAUACGAUAGACAAGAGACCGCCCACCGCGAACGAUAGCAAUCACAACAUGAGUCCUACAGCAUUGCUGGAAGCGUUAGACAUUGAGGAGAAGGAAACUAAGUACAUCGCCAAGUCAGUGAAGCUUACUCUUAUGUCCAACUGGGGUCAAAGACAAUUAAUUGGACUUACAGGUCUUGAACUAUUAUGCUACAACGAGCCUAUAACAAUUCAGCGUGUCUACGCUUACACGGCCUUCAUCUCUGAGGAUCAGAUGCCCGAACAUAAUCAAAUCAUAGAUUGCAAAAAGUUAUUCAACGGACGUAACAUCACGACAGACUUCGAAGAUAUGUGGUGUUCAAACUUUGAGACUGGUGAAAAAUUUUGUCACAUUGUUAUGGAACUUUUAGAACCCACGGAAAUAACAAGUAUCCGUAUCUGGAAUUACAACGCAAAUAUGGAGCUUUCGUACAUUGGCGUAAAGCACGCACGAGUAGCCCUGGACGAUGUGUCCUUACACUACAGGCCGCUGUUGCUACGUCGAGCACCAGGUGACACGUGCUACGACUACGUUCAACAAAUACAACUGCCCGCCAUUGAUGACAGGUUAGAUGACGCGAAAGAUUCGGAUAGUUUCAGAAUGGACUGUUUAGUCUAUGGUACGAACUUAGACAUGGGAGCGCCGACCGGAUUCGUGUUGCAGCUGAAUAUAUUCUCUACAUGGGGAGAUCCUUACUAUGUAGGUUUGACUGGUGUUGAGCUGUAUGACCCACGCGGGAAUUUAAUACCUUUGACAGAGACAAAUGUGUGCGCGCACCCGGCGAGCGUGAACGUGCUUGACGCGCGCGCGCAGGACGUGCGCACGCCCGACAAGCUUAUCGACGGACACAACGCGCGCGUCGGCGACGGCGCGCACUCCUGGCUCGCGCCCGUCCUGCCGCACACCCUUAACAGAGUAUUUUUCGUAUUCGACGUACCUGUAUCUGUGUACAGUAUGAAGAUGUGGAACUACGGCAAGACCCCGACACGAGGAGUUAAAGAGUUUGGAGUUUUAAUGGAUGACCUGCUGUUGUUUAACGGAACGUGUGAAUGUGCCAAAAACGAUGAUGCCCUUACACCAAUGUGGAUAUGUUUACAGAAUAUUGACGUCGAUAAUUUGACUCCCUUAUCAUCGGAUCUAAGUCAGCGCACUACAACCAGCGGUUCCAGUGAGUCUGCCGAUCAAAACGCUAGGCCGCACACCAGUGUCCAUGACAUAAGAAUAUUUCACAAACAGAGACACCAGUAG